GAGACAACGAAAGAAAAGAACAAGAGGGAGAGAAACGAAGAAUUUUUAGAAGAAGAUCAGGAGCGGAAAAAGAUCCGAUGGACGAGUCGAUAUAGGCUAUUAGAUUUUCUCGCGGGGCUGAACGAAUUUGUUGCUGGUUAGUUUGGCUCUUCUAUUCUUGGCGAUGCUUGCAUGCAGCUGUUCCCCUUCUUUCUACUGCUUUCUUAGCCUCAGGGGCCGGCGGGUCGCCGUUGAGUUGAACUAUGGCUCCUUCAAGUUGCCGCCUCUCGGGAAACUGCAUAAUCCGACGGUUGUUCGGUGGAGGAAAGGUGGGUAUCGGCUGAAAUCAACUGCUGAAUCGGGAGCGUCCAGUUCCAUUGCUUCUCUUGUGGAGUUGGACUCUCAGAACUUUUACCCUACAGACUUUUCCCAACUGUUGUGGGUUGGCCCUCUUCCUGGGGAUCUUGCUGAAGUCGAGGCAUUCUGUCGAAUAUUCAGAGCAGCAGAGCAGCUUCAUAGCGCUAUAAUGGAAAUCCUAUGCAACCCAGAAACAGGGGAAUGUGCAGUUUCUUAUAAGACUGCAUCUAGCGAAUUACCAUUGCUGGAAGAGAAUGUCGCAGUUGCUUUAGGAUGCAUUGCAGCCCUACUUAACAGGGCGAGAGAAGAUGUUCUUGCAGGAAGAUCUGCUGCUAUGGUCUCAUUUCAAGCUUCAGAUGUGAAUGUCUUGGAUGGUAAAGUUCCACCUCUUGCAAUGUUCAGAGGUGAAAUGAAAAGGUGCACCAAAAAUUUGCAGGGAGCUCUUGAGCUCUAUUUUUCAGCUUUUGAAAACCAGAGAAGCUAUAUAUGGAGAAGAUUACAGAGGUUGAAGAAUGUCUGCUACGAUGCAGGAUUUCCUAGGGCCGAUGAUUCCCCUUCUCAAGCAUUAUUUGCAAAUUGGACCCCUGUUCACUUGUCUACCAGGAAGGAUGAUAUUGACAUUGAAGAGUCUGAAGUAUCUUUUUGGAAAGGUGGUCAGGUAACAGACGAAGGUCUAAAGUGGCUAAUAGACAAGGGAUUCAAGACAAUUGUAGACCUUAGGGCAGAAAAUGUGCUUGACGAUGAUUAUCAAGAUUCUCUCCAGCUUGCUGUUUCGUGUGGAAAAAUCAGGCUGGUGAAAUUUCCUGUUGAAGUUGGAAAAGCACCAUCAAUGGAUCAGGUUGAGGAGUUUGCAUCUUUAGUAUCAGAUUCCAGUAGUAGGCCACUCUAUGUCCACAGUCAAGAAGGAGUUUGGAGAACUGCUGCUAUGGUCUCAAGGUGGAGGCAGUAUACCACCCGCUCAACAUCAUCUUUUCAUAGUCUGACUACUUCUUCAUCCACGUAUGCUGACACAACUGAGACGUCAAAUGGACACAGUAGAAAUGUUUUCUCCAAAGAAGGCCUUGGAAACACAAUGGAAUCAGAAAAUGGUUCAGUGGAAAAGCAUGCAGACACCAUUCUUGUCCCCACAGAAAGUUUGCAUGAACAAGGACCUUCCAUCCUUGAUUAUCAGGGUGAAAGCGAGGCAGUUAAUGGUUAUAAUGGCAAACCUGCUAAUGAUGCUGGUGCUACUAUUUCUGUUGAAAGUGAUGAAAAAUAUCAUUGGGAAGUUGACCCAUUUAAGACUCAGGUUCCAACUUGCAAUAUUUUUUCAAAGAGAGAAAUGUCUAAUUUUAUUAAGAGCCAAAAAAUAUCUCCAAGAAGUUUUCUUGAUCUCCAAAAAAGCAGAGUUGACUGGUCAUCUGCAAGAACUAGCCGUGCACGUAGGAAAAGUCAGAGUCAGUUAAAGCAUGCUAAUCCUGAGGCUUCAAAUGGUGCUGUUGGAGAUAUAAAUUUGUCUUCUGGUCUUGAUGGUGUCUAUAACAGCAUUGAGAAAGCUCCACCUAAUAGCUUCUCUGCUUUUAGUGAGGGAAAUGGUCAUGCCAAUUCUGGUCAAACAACCAGCAUUGUAACAGAUGAUCCAAGAAAGGACAUAGCAUCUGUUGCAUCGAAAGAUCGAACUGAAAACUCAUCCGUGGCAUUGCCAUCAAAAAUUGAUGGUUUGGAGGUUAAUGGGAACAUGUGUGCUUCAACAACUGGAGUUGUAAGGAUUCAGUCAAGGAAGAAGGCAGAGAUGUUCCUGGUUCGAACGGAUGGAUUCUCUUGCACAAGGGAAAAAGUGACAGAAUCUUCACUAGCCUUUACGCAUCCUAGUACCCAGCAACAGAUGCUUAUGUGGAAAUCAUCUCCAAAGACUGUUUUAUUGUUGAAGAAGUUAGGAGACGAGCUCAUGGAAGAAGCCAAACAGGUGGCAACUUUUCUGCAUUAUCAAGAGAAAAUGAAUGUUCUUGUGGAACCUGAUCUGCAUGAUGUAUUUGCAAGAAUCCCUGGAUUUGGAUUUGUUCAGACUUUUUAUAUACAAGAUACCAGUGACCUUCAUGAAAGAGUUGAUUUCGUUGCAUGUUUAGGGGGAGAUGGCGUUAUAUUGCACGCAUCCAAUUUAUUCAGGGAUGCUGUUCCUCCCGUUGUCUCGUUUAAUCUUGGGUCUCUUGGAUUUCUUACAUCACAUACUUUUGAAGAUUAUAAGCGGGAUCUGAGGGCAGUCAUACAUGGAAACCACACCAUGGAAGGAGUUUAUAUUACUCUUCGCAUGCGGCUCAGAUGUGAGAUUUUCCGAAAUGGAAAAGCACUGCCUGGGAAGAUAUUUGAUGUCCUGAAUGAAGUUGUUGUUGAUCGUGGUUCUAAUCCAUACCUUUCUAAAAUUGAAUGUUAUGAGCAUGACAGGCUUAUAACUAAGGUGCAAGGUGACGGAGUCAUCAUAGCCACACCAACUGGGAGUACUGCUUACUCCACUGCAGCAGGAGGUUCUAUGGUGCAUCCUAAUGUUCCAUGUAUGCUGUUUACGCCUAUCUGUCCACACUCCCUGUCAUUUAGGCCUGUUAUACUUCCAGAUUCUGCAAGGCUUGAGCUAAAAAUACCUGAAGAUGCUAGAAGUAAUGCUUGGGUUUCCUUUGAUGGGAAGAGAAGACAGCAGCUUUCAAGGGGAGACUCUGUAAAGAUAUUCAUGAGUGAGCACCCAUUGCCAACUGUGAACAAAUGUGAUCAAACAGGUGACUGGUUCCGAAGCUUGAUCCGUUGCUUGAACUGGAACGAGAGACUGGAUCAGAAAGCCUUAUAGGCACAAUUUGACGAUGCCAAUUAUAAUCUGCUGUAAAUAUCCUGUAUAUGUUUAUGUAAGUAGCAACAAAUCAUCAAUAGCAGAAGAAGAUGCAGAAAUCACAUCCGCGAGUUCAGCUGCCUCCCCUUCCCUCCUCAGAAUUGCUAAUAUACACAAUUUUGGUUCCUGAUUCUUUACUAUUGAUAAUAUGUCUGUACUGUAAAAUAUGUAAUGAAAUUUAGUUGUAUAAAUCAAUUUUAGAGUAUAAUCUUGAUAUUUUUUUCUUUACCCUUAAGAUGGACUAGUAGUGAACAUUGGCAGCGUUUGAUUCUGCUUAAAAUUUCACA